UAUGAAAAGUUACUUUGAGGAGUCAAAUAUCAGUUGGGCUAAAGAUUUAUGCUAUGGAUUAAAGCUUAUUGAAGAGUUAAAAUCUAAGGGUGGAAUUGAAAAUUUCGAUAAAAUUCGUACCAUAUCAAAUGAUCUGGAACGAUAUUUAAGUAUUGAAAUAUGUAAGAGGAUCAUGAGAAAGGAUCUAAGGGAACCUUUAUUCGUUUUGGCCCUUCCAAAGGUUUUAGAAAAAUGCCUAAAAUCCAUUGAAAAUAAAAUAACGGAUCGUCUAAUAUCGCACAUAGAAUGCGACCUAUUAAAUUUUAUUCUAACAAGCGGUUUCUGCUCUACGGUUUCUAUCAAAGGAGUUGGCGAAGCUUUACAAAGAAUUAAACACUUAGAGAACCGUCUUAGUGUUGUUCAAUCGAAAGAUCUUCUAAAUGAGGUUGGGCAAUGUUUAAGCGAGUUGCACGGAGUCAGAUUAUCGAUAUCGUCAUUUCAAUUUGAGAAAAUUGAAGAAAGAUUUGAACAAAUUGACGUAAGAUUGAAAGAUUUAGAAAGAGAUGUUUUCCAACAAAUAUUCGCUAGUUUCCAUGGUUAUAUGGAAGAAUUUGCUCAAUUCAAUAAUAAUUUUGAUAUGAGCUUUCUCUUGGAACAUAUUGUCCAUCCUGCUACAAGAAGAUGGCUAGUUGACAUAGUAGGUAAAUGGAUGAGCACAGAAAAGCAAUUGCUAGUAAUAGCUGGUAAACAAGGUACUGGAAAAUCGGCAAUAUGUUCUGCAUUAGCUAAUUUGGUUCCUCAUUAUUGUUUGGCAAUUCACAAAGUAAAGGAAGGAGACAGUUUACCUAAUAGUAUUAUUCUAUCUUUCUCUCAACAAUUGGCGUUAGGAUUAUCUGAAUUUCGAAAGAAUUGCGAACGGAGAAGUCCAUCUGGAAAUUGGAGAACUGAUUUUGAACUACUAUUGAAGGAACCUUUACAGAGAUCGUUCGGUCAUAGUAAACAACCAAAAAUUGUUGUUGUAAUUGAUUCUCCAGAAAGUGCGGAUAAAGGAAAAUGGCCUGAACUUAAGGAAUUCAUUAAAAAGUUUGUUGAUGAAUUACCACCGUGCUUGGGUUUGGUUUUAACCGUUCGUUCGAGAUAUUCUUCGGAAUUUGUACCGAAUUUUAAGGAUGAAAUGGACAUAUUGAGAUUACAUGACAAGUUAUUUUUACCUAAACAUUUAAAUGACGUUGAAAUUUAUAUUGCCGCUGUUGUUGGCGCAUUAUUGGCCGGUGAACAUGAAAGAGAGACGCCUAGUCACGCUUGUUCUGAUGAGAUGACUGUGCAGAAGACUGUUGAUGAAUUACUUAAAAUGUCAGCUGGAAGAUUUGAUUACGCAAAGGAGAUGAUGACUGCUUUAGUUAGCGAAAUGCAAAGAACUGGACAGUUUUUGUCUAGCGUUAAAAAAGCUUCUACUCCUUUAAGACGAAGAGAGGAUUUACAGAUGAGAUUAACGGACUUUGCGAGUCCGUUUAGAUCCUACAGGGAUCAUAAUAGACACGAUCCAGCAAAUAUGAAUCAACCUAUUCAACUUCUGCAAAAGUCGAGAGUAGCUUUGGUUAGGAGAUUAUUUGAUAAUUAA